AAAGCAAAAAAAAAAAUCACAAAAUAUCAGUCAAUCCUAAAUUCUCAUUUUUCCCAGUGACGUUACUGAAGAACCCUAGCCCUUACUUCUCUAGCCGUGUCUUCCUCGCGUCGUCUCUAGCCUCUCUUACCGUUGAAGUUCUUGUUCACAGUCUCUCUCGCCAUCUCUCUCUCUUCCUCUCAAGCCUCAAGCCUAAGACCUUGCUCAGGGUUUUUGUACUGUCAUAGAUUACCUGAGCGCGUUUCCACUGGCCAUACAUUCAUGGAGGUCAACGGCAAUGGUGUAAUGGUGAAUGAGGCGUCCAAAAUCCAAAGUGAAAUUGAAUCUUUAGAGGCCAAAAAGGCCCAAAUUGAUCUUCGAAUCUCUGCUCUUCGGGCGCAACUCAAUAGUUCAAAUUCUAAUUGUGUAAGAAAAGAACGAGCAACCAAUACCAAUGAUUCACCCUCAACAGGGGUAUCUUCCAAUGGCCAAUUGUCCGCCAAUAUGAUCUAUAGAUACAGCCGGCAUUUGUUGCUUCCUUCUUUUGGAGUUGAAGCGCAGGCCAAUUUGUUGAACUCUUCUGUGUUGGUUAUUGGAGCUGGAGGGUUGGGUUCACCUGCUCUACUGUAUCUCGCAGCAUGUGGUGUUGGUCGUAUGGGUAUUGUCGAUCAUGAUGUGGUGGAACUUAACAAUCUGCAAAGGCAGAUAAUCCAUACUGAAGCAAAUAUUGGACAGUCAAAAGUAGAGUCUGCAGCUGCUGCUUGUCGUGCGAUUAACUCUACCGUCCAAAUAGUGGAGCACAAGGAAGCAUUCUGCAUAUCCAAUGCUUUGGAGAUUAUGAACAAGUAUGACAUAGUUGUAGAUGCAACAGACAACGCUCCUAGUCGCUAUAUGAUAAAUGAUUGCUGUGUUGUGUUGGGAAAGCCUCUAAUAUCUGGAGCUGCACUUGGACUUGAAGGGCAGCUCACAGUUUACAAUUACAAUGGAGGUCCAUGCUAUCGAUGCUUAUUUCCAACUCCACCACCUACAACAGCAUGUCAAAGAUGCGCAGACAGUGGAGUUCUAGGAGUGGUUCCUGGUGUUAUUGGAUGUCUUCAAGCAUUGGAAGCUAUAAAGGUUGCCGCUGCUGUUGGGGAGCCACUUUCAGGGAGAAUGCUUCUCUUUGAUGCACUUUCUGCCCGAAUUCGUGUUGUCAAAAUUAGAGGGAGAUCCUUGCAUUGUGAAGCCUGUGGAGAAAAUGCUAUAAUGACAGCACAGCAAUUUCGUAAUUUUGAUUACGAAAAAUUUACUCAAUCUCCAUUUUCCACGUCUCCAUUGAAGUUAAACCUGCUUUCAGAAGAUGCUAGAAUAACGAGUAAGGAGUACAACGAGAGAAUCCUGAAAGGCGAUGCGCAUGUAUUGGUUGAUGUUCGACCAGCUCAUCACUUCAAGAUUGUUUCACUUCCUAAUUCGAUUAACAUUCCUCUUGGAAAUUUGGAGGGGAGGUUAUCUGAAAUUUCCGCAUCCCUGGAGAGGGAGGAAGGGAACAAGUGUGUUGACACCAGUCGAGGUGCUUCUUUAUACGUAAUCUGCAGAAGAGGUAACGAUUCGCAGAGGGCGGUCGAAUUCCUCCGCAGGAUGGGUUUUACUUCAGCGAAGGAUAUUAUUGGGGGCCUCGAGUCGUGGGCUAAUGAUGUGGAUCCAAAGUUCCCUACUUAUUAGUAUGUUGGUUGCCCUCGAGUCAGUCGAACGUGAAGGUGAUUAUCCAUACUUACAUGUAGUACUUCCUAGGUUUCAACCGGCUGAUCUAGCAAAUUAUACUCCACAGAUUUUGAACAAUUCUUCAUAGCCAACAUGUGCAAUUGUUUUGUUACAAAAUUAAACCAGUAUGUAUGUACAAACCUGCUUUGUGUAUGAAGCCUGCCAGAACAAGGGGGCUGGGUGGGGGUGUUUUUUGGCAAUUUUUUAUUCACGGUGGGUCCCACACGAGAGAGUAACCUGGCCAAAUUCUGUGGAAAAAUUUCUGUACAAAUGGCUUGAGUGAUGUAUUAUAACAGCGAAUAGUCGUUUAAUUUUAUCUAAUACUGUGUAUCCAAUAAUUGAUUCUACCAUUCUUAAUAGAAUAUUUUGUCAGGGAAA